AUGAAGAAAGCAGCAAAGGAACUGAAGGAGAAAGUGAACAUCACGGUGCGACACGUGGGCAAGACAGCAGCCUUCGUCUUGAUUGAUACUGCCAAAUAUCGCGAGAAGCUGGAUGCUAUUUUGUCUGACGAGAUCAAGUUCGAGUGCCUGAUGAGGAACCCGACAGAUGACAUCAAGAGGGAGGCUGACGGAGUCAUCAGCGCAGUGAAUGUUGCGACAAACACUCUGCACCUCCCGCCCAUACAAGGAGACUACAGCCUCGGUUAUUUAUAUGGUAAUGUAAAAACCCACAAACAAGGAAACCCCCUCCGGCCGAUCAUCAGCCAGAGGCCCGCCCCUACGUACGGCUUGGCUAGACGCCUCAACCAAAUUUUGACCCCUUACGUCCCGAGUCGGUACAGCCUGCAGUCUUUGGAAGAGUUCUUAGAAGCCAUCAAGGACGCCCCUGGUACUGGGAUUAUCGCCUCGCUGGACGUGGAGUCCCUAUUUACAAAUGUGCCUGUCGACGAAACCAUAGAUAUAAUCCUUGAUUGUGUUUACAGGAAUCAGUCAACAGCGCAACUCAACAUACAGGAAGCCUCGCUCCGUACGCAGCUGGAGAUCUGCACGAAGAAGGCCACUAUCUCCACCCACUGUGGCCAGAUGUUCCGCCAAAAGGACGGCGGGGCAAUGGGCUCCCCACUGGGGGUCCUAUUUGCUAACUUUUAUGUGGGCACCAUGGAGGAACGGGUCUUCACCAGGAUGCAGCAACCCCGCAGAUAUAGACGAAUGCAGCGGCGCCUAUGGGAGGCUGUUAGAGAUAAGGCCACCACUGAUAUGGAACAGUUUCGUCACGAAAGUAGCAGUCAUAGCGUGAUGGAGAAUUCCCGAUGA